UUCUUUUUUUUGCCUCAGGUCCAGCAAGACUAUGAACCUCUGUUCCAAAUGCUUUGCUGAUUUUCAAAAGAAACAACCAGACGAUGAUUCCGCUCCAAGUACAAGUAACAGCCAAUCAGAUUUGUUUUCCGAAGAGACCACCAGUGACAACAAUAAUACCUCGAUAACCACGCCAACUCUUAGUCCCAGCCAGCAGCCGCUUCCGACAGAACUGAAUGUAACUUCACCAAGUAAAGAGGAGUGUGGGCCAUGCACAGACACAGCUCAUGUCUCGUUAAUCACACCAACCAAAAGAUCCUGUGGUACAGAUUCACAGUCUGAGAACGAGGCUUCGCCAGUGAAACGGCCACGACUCCUGGAGAAUACUGAACGGUCUGAGGAAAGCGGCCGAUCUAAACAGAAGAGCCGACGCCGGUGCUUCCAGUGCCAAACCAAACUGGAGCUGGUACAGCAAGAACUGGGCUCGUGCCGCUGUGGUUACGUGUUCUGUAUGUUACAUCGCCUCCCCGAGCAGCAUGACUGUACGUUUGACCACAUGGGUCGUGGCCGAGAGGAAGCCAUCAUGAAAAUGGUGAAACUGGACCGGAAAGUGGGGCGCUCCUGCCAGCGCAUCGGGGAGGGGUGCUCCUGAAGGCCAGGCACGGCCGCCACGUGACGCUGUUCUUAGUUCACUAAUGUUAGCCUUAUUUAGGACAAAGUCAGCCAGACACCUUGUACUGGGCACGCGUCAGACCACAGCCAGUCCGUUUCCUUUCUUUAGCCAGCCAUCCUGGUACUGUAGUUUAGGGGUUGAUGGUGGUUGAAAUUGAUUUCUGGCUGGUUACUAAGGUGCCUGCUAGCCAUUGUAUAAAAUUAAAACAUGAAGAAUAUUUUUUUUUGAGCAUGGCUAGUGGAUUUAAAACAACACAUACCUGUCACUGCUGGAGUCAAACUUAUAAAAAGCCUUAAGCGGAAAGUGUUCCAGACGGAGACUCUGAGUUAAUAGAGGAGUAGAAGCUGAUGUUCAAGUUUCCACAGCGCACAUGGCUCUGCCAAACUCUGGUUAAUGUCGGCCUUUCACCUCUUCACUUGCCCUUAGUCCAGUAGCCAGGAUGCCUGGUGGCCACGCGUGCCUUGGCCACAGGAGGCUGCUGAAAUCUGCCAUGUGGCUCGGCUGGGUGGUGGCCUCGCUCUCCCACAGAGCUGGAAAUGGGGGUGGGAGGGCAGGUUCUUAUGAAAAUCUUAAUGAAUUUUUUACCUGACUUGCUAUGAAAAAGCUCAUCACAUGAGAAGAGAAACAAUAACCUCACUUGAAAAUUAGCUCCACUCAAGACUAGUCCACGCAUGAGAACCACCUUUCUACACAGGACCCCAGGGUCAUGAGAGGCAACCAGGGGCACCCUUGACCCCGCUGGCUCUGGUUCGCCACUUGCCAAGUACAGGGAUCUGGCAUUUGAUCAAAUAAGGCUAAUUGCAGCACAGCCACGGCGGCUGGGGCCACAAAUGGCCUCUGCAGCUAGAGUUCUGUAUUGGAGUUUUUAAAAUGAUGUUUCAUAGCCAACAGGAACCAGUAGAAGUUCUGGGAGCACUGGGGAAGCUGCUGCCCACAGACUCUGCCCCUUCCCUCAGGAGCCUGCUGGGCCCCCAGGGGUCAGGAGGAGGAUGGCCUUGCCUCUUGUGUCUGUGCAGCCCCGUAGUCCAGGGACGACCAGUCCACAUGUACCACACAGCAGGUGUAGUGAGGGGGGCAGCGUGUGCCGGGGGGCAGCGGGGUGAUCUGUCUAGAACUGGUUUGUGGCUGUGGCCAGGCUCCAAGAGAGAAAUUUGCUCCAGCAGGUUGGGGUGGGGGACACAUUUCUCAGCUGGUGCCUCUUCAUGUGGGUAGACAGUGCAGUAGCUCAGGCCAGGUGGGGAAGGGUAGAGAUGGGUCUGUUUGCCCACAUUAGGAAUCAUUACCAGUCAGGUGGGGGUGGGAUGGGCAGACAGGAUAAGUGAGCAGGGGAGUGACCCGGAGCCCCCUGUCUCAUCCAGGGCGGUGAGAGUCGAAGGCUCCUGCAGAGACAGUUUGGAUUUGCCCACCCACAGGCUAUUGGAAUAGUUUAACCCAGCUACUUUCCCUUUUAUACCACAGCAAGCAGUUCAACUCUGUCUGCAAAUUAAUACCUGCAACUGAAAAUCUUUUUUUGAUCCAGAAUUCUGAAAUAGGAAAUCAUGCUCUUCCCAACCUCUUCCUCCCACCCACCCCCACCAGAGUGAAUCCGCUGCAGAAUCUCCAGCCUUAAUUCUUGCUUCAGGACCCAGACCGGCGUCUUGCUCUAGGGCAGCCCAGGGCAGAGGGGCCGGGUCUGCCCACGUUUACCACUGUUGUCAAGCCACGGCCCUCAGGCCAGUCCAUGGCCAUCCUCAGUGAGCUGGCCCGCCUAGGCCCCCCGCCAAGCUCUGAUCCCUCCCGAAGAGGCCACCCACGAGCCCCUCCGCCCUCCUCAGGCCCCACCGGCUGCUGUUUGGAGGCAGCCAUGGGAAGCAGGCUCUCUGGGGAGCCCAGCACACAGGGCUCUCGCCCAUCACUUCCUGGUGGUAGAGCUGGGGGGGGAGGGGCUUGUUCCCCUGCAGUAUCUGUUCUGUGAAGUUUGUUAAAUGUAAGGAAAGCUUAAAUUCUUGUAUCUUUAAAAGAGAAAUCUUAUUUAACCCUUUUGUGUUCUAGAUUUACUUACACACAUAGCCUAGAGCUCAGUUUUAGUUUUAACAUUGUGAAAAUAUUAAAAGAAUCUUGUAACUUUA